AUGCUGCCAAACCCGCGCUUCUACGCGGUGCCCCCAGUGGCUACAGAGACAGCCGAGCGCGACGUCGUGUCUGAUCCAAGUAAACCCGUAGCCGCUCACGCAGCAGCAGCUCCCGUGACGCCGUCUUGUCGUGCCCAAAGUCGCCCCGCCCGCGACGGACUCGUGCGACUCGACCGCAGCGAACAGAGCGCUUUGGUCGUAGCGCCCACCGUACGGCAUCCGGUCGGACGGUCGCACUCGACCGCUCUGGCGGCAGUCAGUGGCCAUGCGGCGUCCAGUCUCGAGCCCGCGAGUCGCACGUCGAGAUCGACGAGGAGACACUUGUGGCUGCCCACGACACGGGACGAUUCGGUGCUGCGGAACGCGUUCAAGUUCAAGGAUAGUGGCAACGACGCGGGAAAGGAACUGGAGGAAGAGGCGGACGAGAGCCAUUGGGACCGCUCCAACGUCUCGGCCGUCGAAGCCUUUUUCGUCGCUCGUGUGACGGACCCGACGUCGUACUUCUACCGCUUCCAUGACGACGACUACCGCCGUCAAUUGUGUCCGCGGAAAGCCGAUGUUCAGCUCGUGGACCUCGCGUGGCUCAAACCUCAUGAACAGAUCGUGAGCUGGGCACGCGUGAAUGGACUGAGGAAAGCGACGCUGACGUGGGACGCGUACACGGAACCGCUGCUGGUCGACAGCCGCACUGGUGCGAUCUUGGAUGGUCAUCAUCGCUACAAUGUUGCGCUGCAGUUGCGGCUGAAGCAAGUGCCGGCAGUGCUGGUCGACUAUGUGGGUGACAAGACGAUUGAAGUGGACGUGUGGCCAGGGUGUGGACGGCUGCAGCUCAGGAAGGAAGAAGUGAUUGCGAUGGCACUUUCGUCGGACGUGUUUCCGCCAAAGACCAGUCGUCAUAGGUUAACGGAGAGUCUGCCGCCUAUAUCCAUCCCGUUGUCCGUGCUGCGGCAGCCACCUGUGCCUGUAGCAGCAGUCGUUGCACGAGCUGCAACAACGUCGAUGUUGAGCGGAGGAAUGCAGGCGAUUACGCUGCACUUGCUCGAGCGCAGGCAGCGGCUACAGCGCGUAUCGGUAAGUUUGAUUUGCGGAGCGCAGAACUUGGCUACGUCCGUGACCAAGAGUCUGUUCCGUGGUCGACUGCGCGCGCAAGAUCACGUUCGCUACUCUACGCAGAUGGACCUGAUCAUCAAGCCGCUGUUUGACACGAAGGACUUCUUCAAUGCUAUUCGUGAGAACGAUCUGACGUCGAGCUUUUGUCAGCACAAGGCAGCGACAUUGGAAGACCUUUUGUCCGACGACAUCAAACGUCGCCAAAAGUUCCUGCUGACGCGCAUCACGGACCCGACGUCGUACUUCUACAAGUAUCACUUUGACGUCCAUCCUCCGCGGCAGCCAAAGCGAUCGCUGAUACAUUUAGCAUCGCUGCAGUGGCUGAAGCCACAUGAGCACGUUGUGAGUUGGGAACGCGUCGACGGGUUGCGCCGCGCGACUAUUUCCUGGAAUGCUUACCUGGAGCCACUGCUUGUAGACAGAGUCACGGGUGCGAUCCUGGAUGGCCAUCACCGUUACAAUGUGGGCAUCCAGCUAGAGUUACAAUGUGUGCCGGUCGUGUUGGUGGAUUACCUCGAGGACGAAACCAUCACAGUGGACGUAUGGCCAGCGUGUGGCCGCGAUUCGCUCACGAAACAAGAGGUGAUUGAUGUCUCGCUGUCCGACGACCUCUUUCCACCCAAGACAAGUCGCCACUCGUUUUCGAACGAUCUGCCGCCGAUUUCAGUGCCGCUCGAGCGACUUCGGACGCCGUUGGAGAGCACCUACGUCUUGAUGUAG